AAUACCUGAAAGGAGGAGGAGUUGGUACUUGCGCGCGGUGAGAGAUUUCGCGAUUAUUUUCCGAAGUAGCCUAAAAUGCAUAUAUUGUGAAGUUUCAAUCGCAAAUGAAGGAUUUUCAACAUCAGUAGCUUCAGACAUAUGCAGUAAGAUCUGUUUCAAGCAUGUCAGUGGAUCUGAGUUUAGGUGCUGUCCCACCGAUAUACAAGGAAGUGUACAACAUCGUCAAUCCGUUAGAUCGUCAGUACAUCGACAGAGAACUGUACAUGAAGUUUUUGUCCACCAUCAAUCUGCCCAAGUCAACUUUGGAACAGGUAUGCGAGUUUUCCGAUGCAAAGCGAGGCCCUGUUACUCAGAUCACUCUCUACAAGAGCUUAGCAUUAAUUGCUGUCGUACAGCAAGGAAAAGCACUCAACGAGAAGUCUCUACAGAACCUAGAGACAUUGUCUCAACCUCUCUUGGGAGACCUGAGUGAAGUACGUCGCAUUGCUGGAGGGAUGACACGAGCAGACAAGGGUGACUGCAGAGAGGACCCUCGCCUCCUGGGACUCAGCUAUACAGAAUUGUCAGCUAGGGAUACCAUCCGUGUGGCAAUUGCACCAGAGAAGAAAGGCCUCAUUCUCAAGCAUGUUGUCUAUGAGGUCACUAGUCAGAGGUUCAGCUCAACAGUGCAUCGGCGGUACAACGACUUCAUAGCUCUACAUGAAGUACUUCUGCAGCGCUUUCCUUACCGAGCUGUUCCUAUACUACCACCAAAACGGGCAAUAGCAGAUGCACAGUUUAUAGAGGAAAGGCGACGUGCCCUGAAACGCUUCCUGACACUGGUUGCAAGACACCCUGUGCUUUCAGAAGACAAGUCCUUGGUUGUCUUUCUUACCUUCAAUGGCACGGAUGUACAGCCACGAUUGAAAGAGCAGAUGAGAAACCUCCUAGAUGAGUUUAUGACGAGCAACAUAGUUCAUCGAUUGGAUGAAUUGGUCUUGCCGGACACUACUGUACAGUUUGCUGUUGUUCGUGAACAGUUGCGUCAGGUUCUGCUCUGUCUGACCCAGAUGAGGGAUGUUGCCCAGCGCAUGGUGGACCGCUCCAAGGCUGCUGCAGUGGACAUUCUUCUUGUGCGAAAAGAACUUGCGGCAAUGAGUGGCAUCUCGAAGUUGGACUCUGACUGGGGCACUGGAGGCAAUCCUACCUGGAAUCUACUUCAUGGUGCAUUGGGCACAUUUCAGAGCUUGUUUACUCCUGUGCAUGAAGCAUACUCUGAGCAGUCUCUUCAUGAAGAGGAAGAAGUGUUAGAAGAACUUAGUCAGCACCUUGACCUCCUGGUUGCCUUCAAGGAACUGUGUGAUCGACAUGAGUCUGGCGUUGUUCUGGGUCACCACAAAGCAAUCAACCGCAUGGUAAAAAAGUCUACACAGUCUUCAGGGGCAAUGGGGGACCCAAUGAAGCAAGCACAGCAGCUGGAGCACCGCACACAGUUCUCCCUUCAUUGCGUGCACUUGGAGAGUCAGUUAGUGUAUGCUCAUACUGAUGUGCUGGUUGCCAUCCUGCAGGCCGUGGUGCGCUUACAAACUGAAGGGCAUGCAAAGCUCGGACGUCUAUGGGAGAAAAUGCAGCCCACAGUUUCUAACCUAAUUCCUGGAACAUCGAGCAACCGGUGACAUUUCAACCUUGUUUCUUCUCACAAGCUCAACAUUUGGAAACUCUGCUUUGCAGUCAGCAAUAUGCUGGAAUACCCUGGACAAUUGCAAUAUACAUUUGUCCUGUUGUGUAAAAGUGUGGUAUGAAGAUGACUGAAUCAUGUGGUUGGUAACUGAUCAAAGCAGCUUUAUGGUGAGUCUCAUAAUAGCCCAUUUGUGGGAAAUCAGGAUAGUAAGGCAGACAUUGAACGAGAACACACUAGUGACAUCUUAUUAUGUUAAAAAAAAGAAAAAUUGUUACAUCAGAAUAUUGUUGCUCUGUGAUUGAACAGAGCAACCAUGUACAGCAAGAUCAGUACAUAUGUAUAUUUCUGUUAUCGAGGAUCACUUUGUAAACUGACAUUUGAUAUGGAAGAGAUACAUCACCUCUUGUCAGUGUGCAUGUUAUAGGCAUUCCACAUUGCUUCAAUAUAUUAGAAAUGUGAUUAAAGUAGGAAAUUGUUCAAGCAUACACUGAUUUAAAGUGCCUUAUAUCGUAUUUAUUGUGAUUACUUAAGGGAUCAAAGUACCAGUGCUAUCGGCCGGAUGCAGAUUUGUAGCGCUCUAGCCAUUUUCUCGAAAUCAGCAAAGGCCAUGUGUUUAUUGAUAGACACUUACUAUGGAUGUUUUUAUAAAGAGAGAUUUAAUAAAGGGUCACACGUA